AUGUUUCAGAUGUUUAAAGAUUGGUUUUGGUUGGAAAGAUUCUGGCUUCCUCCAACAAUAAAGUGGUCAGAUCUUGAAGAUCAUGAUGGACUCGUCUUUGUGAAACCCUCUCAUUUAUAUAUGACCAUUCCAUAUGCUUUUGGCUUGAUAAUUAUCAGACAUUUUUUUGAAAAGUUUAUUGCUUCACCUCUAGCAAAAACAAUUGGCAUUAAAGAGGAAAUUCGAAAGAAGAUUACACCAAAUACUGUUUUAGAGCAUUUUUUCAAACAUUCCACAAGGAAACCAUCUCAAACUGAUAUUUAUGGACUGGCAAAGAAGUGUAACUUGACAGAGCGCCAGGUUGAAAGGUGGUUUAGGAGUCGGCGGAAUCAAGAUAGGCCUUGCAGGAUGAAGAAAUUCCAGGAAGCUUGCUGGCGAUUUACAUUUUACUUAAUGAUUACCAUUGCUGGAAUUGCCUUUCUUUAUGAUAAGCCUUGGGUAUAUGACCUUUGGGAGGUUUGGAAUGGCUAUCCUAGACAGCCCUUGCUGCCAUCUCAGUACUGGUACUACACUUUGGAGAUGAGUUUUUAUUGGUCUCUCUUAUUUAGCCUUGGCUCUGAUAUCAAGAGGAAGGAUUUUCUAGCUCAUGUCAUCCACCACCUGGCUGCUGUUAGUUUGAUGAGCUUCUCUUGGUGUGCUAAUUAUAUUCGCAGUGGGACCCUCGUGAUGAUUUUACACGAUGUGGCCGACAUUUGGCUGGAGUCUGCUAAGAUGUUUUCUUAUGCCGGAUGGAAGCAAACCUGUAACACCCUGUUUUUCAUCUUCUCCAUCAUAUUUUUCAUCAGCCGCCUCAUUAUUUUUCCCUUCUGGAUUUUGUAUUGCACGCUGAUUCUGCCUCUGCAGUACCUUGAGCCUUUCUUUUCAUGCAUCUUCCUCAACCUACAGCUCAUGGUCCUGCAAGUUCUUAAUCUUUACUGGGGUUACUUCAUCCUGAAGAUGCUCAAAAGAUGUAUAUUCACGAAGAAUAUCCAGGAUGUGAGAAGUGAUGAUGAGGAUGAAUAUGAAGAAGAAGAGGUUGAGGAAGAGGAGGAGGAGAAGGAAGAAGCCACCAAAGGCAAAGAGACAGACGGUUUGAAGAACAGCCUUGGGGCCAACAGGCACCUCAUUCCCAAUGGUCAGCAUGGCUGUUAGCUUGAAGCCCGCAUAGCUCCUCGCGCACAGUGCACUGCAAGGGCUGCUGGGAGCCGGAAGUGCUCCCUCCUCGCUUGCUGUGGCCUCAGGACCCACAGGGACCACAGAUUUUGCCCUUCCCUCUUUCUAACCAGCACCUUCCCCCCCUCCUAAGAUGUAUUUAACAAAAUGUUGUUAAUUUGUGUUAAAAUGUUAAAUAUAAGCAUCCCCAUGGAUUUUACUG